AUGGAUGAGUUAAGGGAGAGGAACAUUGUUCUUGCAAAAAUAUGUGAACAAGCUGAACGAUAUGAUGAAAUGGUCAAAGCUAUGAUUGAGAUAGCUACGAAUAGCGAAACUGAGCUAACAGUCGAAGAACGAAACCUUCUAUCUGUCGCAUACAAAAACGUCAUUGGUGCCCGCCGAUCAUCGUGGAGAAUAAUAAAUUCAAAGGAGAGCCAAGAUGAAGCUAAGGGGUCAGACGAAAUACAUAUAACCAAGAGAUUUCGAGAAGAAGUGGAAAAAGAGUUAGACGAAAUAUGCACGAGUAUUUUGAACCUUCUGGAUAAUUGCCUGUUACCAAAAGCUGUUUCAGACGAAUCAAAAGUCUUCUUAAAUAAAAUGAGAGGCGAUUAUUAUCGCUAUAGAGCCGAGUAUUCUGUCGGGAACCAAAGAAAAGAUGCAGCCGAAAACAGUCUUUGUGCAUAUAAAAAAGCGGCAGAGGAUGCUGAAAAACUUCCCAUUACUCAUCCUAUUCGACUAGGUCUUGCUCUAAACUUUUCAGUGUUUUAUUAUGAGAUUCUUAAUAACUGUGAACAAGCGUGCAAGUGUGCAAGAGUAGCGUUUGAUUCGGCUAUCGCUGAACUAGAUACAUUAUCGGAAGAGAGCUACAAAGAUUCAACAAUAAUUAUGCAACUAUUAAGGGAUAAUCUUACACUUUGGACCUCAAAUAAUGAAGGCGAAAAGGAUACUGCUGCUUCUCCUAAGGGUGAUAAGAAGUGA